AUGUGUCCCGGAGGCGCUAACGCCGGGUUACCCAUCCAUUCGCUACUCUUCGCCAACUCGAUCUUCGAGGAUCUCGAGCCCGCCGCCGCGGCGGAAUCGGUGCAUUGGCCGGCGCCGGAUCAUGGCUCAUCAUUCGGCGCCCCACGCGCGCCGCCCAAGUUCUCCGCGGGCGGCUGGUCGCGCCUCACUCAGGCGCUGAGCAACGGCCGCGCGCUGACUCCGUCGCAGAAGAACUGGGACGUGAAACGUGACGGAAAGCGGGGCGUCACCGGAACCGGAGCCGCGCGAACUUCCAAGGCGGCGACGCCGAAGUCAGCUGCCGCCUCCAAGCCGCGGUCAGCUUCACGUUCGCCACCGCCACUCGUCGGUUCUGCCGAAACUGAAGCGGACGGCGAGCCAGCGCUUCUUCUCCUUCCCGAUGGCUCCGUCCAAAUCGUCACGUCCCAUUCUGUCGCCGAGUCGCGUAGCCCAAAAUUGGCUGGUGACGCGACCUCCGCCGCGAAUGACGACAGUAAGAGGCCCACCCGCGCAAGCGACGUGCUUCAGAAUCGCCCAGGCUGUCAGGUGGGGUCGUUGACGUCAUCCAAUGGCUUUCUCCGCCCGCAGCAGGUGAUGAAACCGGGCCACGUGUACUUCCUCCAGACGCCACAAGCUCCGACGAACGCCGCCGCGUUUCCAGCUCCAGAUGUCAACAGAAUCAAUCCAAGAGAUGACGAGAGUGCUCCCGCCGCAUUGACCUUUCAACGAGACGGUGCUACUAACGCGGAUCAUGGUGCGGUUGGGAUCCAAAUGGAGGAGGAAGAGCACGCUCUAGACGAUGUGACUAUAACGGAGGAGGGACUGAUGGCGAGCAUUCUCGGUAACACGUACAACAUCUCUGAAACCAAUGUGGUUACCCGGACCCUCUCUAACAACAACCCUACCAUCACUGCUAGCAAGAGCAGCGACAGCAGCACCAGCACUCGCACCAUGAGAAGAAAUGCCUCAUUGGGGGAGAGCUCCCGCUGGAGUGCAGCAACAUCUUCAGCAGCUUCGUCUGCAGCAUCGUCUGCGAAUUGCUCCCCCUCACAGCUCCCGGAAGCACCGACCCUGCAGCCUCCUCUCCUCUCCCUCGACCGGCGCAACCUCUCCCCCUCCCCCAUGCCAUCCCUCUACCGCACUCCCUGCGCCUGCUGCUGCGCCAAACGCCCCACCACCCCCACGUCCCACUUCGCUCGAGCCCUCACCCACUCGCUCACCCUCUCCCCCACCUCAUCUGCUGCAACGAAUUCCACGUUCCCAUCCCCCAUGCUUUCCCCCACAUGCCCACCCUCCCCACCAUCGCCAUCACCCUCCCUUCCUUGCUCAGCUCAAGGCUCCAGCCGCCCAAAAGCAGCCAGCCAUUUUUACGCUGUUCCGGAAGAUCUCAGCUUCCAGCUGGACAGUGCUGCCGCCCAGAAUUUUGCCGCUGCCACCCAGGAGCGUUCGGCCUCACUGUUGAUGCACCGUGGCUGUGCUCAGUAG